CGUCGAGAGUGUCGAGACCAACAAUAACGCGCAUGCGCGCUAGAUCGAGCUCGCGCUCUUGCGUGCAAUCUCUUUCUCGAGAGCCCACGAGAGCCUUCGGAUAUGUUAGGAUAUGUAGCGCUAUUCGUAGGCUAUUCGCUACCGCUCUAUUGGCCAUGGUUCGACCGAUUAGUCAGUCGCGUCCAAUUAUUCGUGCGGCAUGCGCGCGGCAGUCGAGGACUCCUUAUUCACCGAUUCUCGUUCGCGAACGUCACCCGUUAACCGCUGUCUAUCGUUAGCGAGCAGGGUCCACGGUCGCCUCGACCUGAGCCUCGCCGUCGCGGCGAUUUUAAGCCGAUUGACUGUAUCGGCAUCGUCCGAUAACGCGCAACGAUGCUGAGUCUUUUUGAGAGCAUAGCGGAUAUCCCGAAACUCUACUACGGCGCAUUGCUAGGCAUUGGAUUUUGCAUCUAUUAUCUCUACGAGGUUGUUAAGACACCCUUGCUGGUUUGUGCCAAUGGACCAUUCCGUUCAUUCUUGGAAGCCAACAUUCCACUUGUGCAAAAUAAAUUCUGGCCGACGUUAUGGUGUUUCGAAUCGCGAGCGCAGACCAUUAUGGCCAGCAUUUUAAGAUCUCGGAUAUUACCGUACGUCGAAUAUCGCAGAGAAAUUCUUGCUUUGUCCGACGGUGGUGAAGUGGCCUUGGAUUGGGCCGAGAAAGAUUGCUCGAUCACCUCGCCAAUCGUCGUUAUUUUACCUGGUCUUACAGGAGGUAGUCAAGCGGAAUAUAUCAAGUGUCUGGUGUCAGCCGCGAGAAAAAAUGGAAUACGAUGUGUGAUUUUCAAUAACAGAGGCUUAGGUGGAUUGCAACUCAAGACUCCACGAACGUAUUGUGCCGCUAACUAUGAUGAUUUAAGUGAAGUCAUAGAACACGUGAAGAAACUUCAUCCACAUGUACCUCUCGGAGCAACCGGGAUUUCCAUGGGAGGGUUGAUCUUAGGUAAUUAUUUAGCCCAAAAAGGUUUAACAGCAAGAUCCAAAUUGAGAGCAUGCCUUAUUAUUUCGGUGCCAUGGAAUGUGUUUGCAGCGACGAAAAGUACCGAGGAAAAUUAUUUUAAUCUAAUGUUGAAUAAACAUCUAGCCAGCAAUCUGUGUCGCACGAUACAGCGACACAGAGAUACUGAUGUUGGUUCUUUCAACGUAGAUAUGGAUACUGUUCUUAAGAGCCAAACAAUAAGAGAAUUUGAUUCGAAUUUUACGGCAAGGCACUUUGGAUAUAAAAACGUCGAAGAGUAUUACAGUAAUGCAACGCUUCACGACAAGCUGCAUCUAAUCGAAGUUCCGACUUUAUGCCUUAGCGCGGCGGACGAUCCGUUUCAGCCGUUGCAAGCGAUACCUUUGAAAGAGAUUAGUCAAACCAAAAACGUGGCCGUAGUGGUAACGUCGCGUGGUGGACAUAUUGGUUUUCUGGAAGGUGUUUGGCCAGUCAAGGAGGAGCAAUUUAUGGGAAAGUUUUUCUCGCAAUUUUUCACUGCGAUGUUCACCAGCGAUUUCGACUAACGCUUAACAUUAACUAUAAAUUGAAUUGAAUAAACGGUAUCAUAAACCUUAUCAUGCCUCGAUUUAUUAUCAUCUGACGUCAGAGGAAAUACGUACCGCGAUAUCGUUUACUGUUCAAUUUUUACAAGCUAAAAUGUGAUCAAAUUUAUUUUAGCAUAACUUUUUAUUAUUUUCGUAUUACGUUGUGACGCAAAACUUGCAGUUACAUUUUACCAGGAAGUGCAACUAAUUCCGAAUUUUGUAAUAUAACGUUUGUGACCAUGAUAUUAAAAAGAGGUUCCAUACUUAUGUAUUAAGCAG